AUGAGGGACAGGUUUGCGCUUGGACUGGUCGCUGCUCAUACACACCUGCAGUACCCGCCCACAACUGCUCAUACACACCUGCAGUACCCGCCCACAAAUGCUCAUACACACCUGCAGUACCCGCCCACAGCUGCUCAUACACACCUGCAGUACCCGCCCACAGCUGCUCAUAUACACCUGCAGUACUUUCCCACAGCUGCUCAUACACACCUGCAGUACCCGCCCACAGCUGCUCAUACACACCUGCAGUACCCGCCCACAGCUGCUCAUACACACCUGCAGUACCCGCCCACAGCUGCUCAUACCCACCUGCAGUACCCGCCCACAGCUGCUCAUACACACCUGCAGUACCCGCCCACAGCUGCUCAUACACACCUGCAGUACCCGCCCACAGCUGCUCAUACACACCUGCAGUACUCGCCCACAGCUGCUCAUACACACCUGCAGUACCCGCCCACAGCUGCUCAUACACACCUGCAGUACUUGCCCACAGCUGCUCAUACACACCUGCAGUACCCGCCCACAGCUGCUCAUACACACCUGCAGUACCCGCCCACUGCUGCUCAUACACACCUGCAGUACCCGCCCACAGCUGCUCAUACACACCUGCAGUACCCGCCCACAGCUGCUCAUACACACCUGCAGUACUCGCCCACAGCUGCUCAUACACACCUGCAGUACUCGCCCACAGCUGCUCAUACACACCUGCAGUACCCGCCCACAGCUGCUCAUACACACCUGCAGUACUCGUCCACAGCUGCUCAUCCUCACCUGCAGUACCCGCCCACAGCUGCUCAUACACACCUGCAGUACUCGCCCACAGCUGCUCAUACACACCUGCAGUACCCGCCCACAGCUGCUCAUACACACCUGCAGUACCCGCCCACAGCUGCUCAUACACACCUGCAGUACCCGCCCACAGCUGCUCAUACACACCUGCAGUACUCGCCCACAGCUGCUCAUACACACCUGCAGUACCCGCCCACAGCUGCUCAUACACACCUGCAGUACCCGCCCACAGCUGCUCAUACACACCUGCAGUACUCGCCCACAGCUGCUCAUACAUACUUGCAGUACUCGCCCACAGCUACUCAUACACACCUGCAGUACCCGCCCACAGCUGCUCAUACACACCUGCAGUACUCGUCCACAGCUGCUCAUCCUCACCUGCAGUACCCGCCCACAGCUGCUCAUACACACCUGCUGUACCCGUCUACAGCUGCUCAUACACACCUGCAGUACCCGCCCACAGCUGCUCAUAUACACCUGCAGUACCCGCCCACAGCUGCUCAUACACACCUGCAGUACCCGCCCACAGCUGCUCACACACACCUGCAGUACCCGCCCACAGCUGCUCAUACACACCUGCAGUACCCGUCCACAGCUGCUCAUACACCUCCA